AUGAAGAUCGUCGAUCCCCAAACCGCGACUCUGACCAACCUCGAGGUCGUAUCCUACUUUACGGCAAACCCGCCUCGAAAAUCAGCCGAAGCGCCUCCCGGAGUGAGGAAUUUUAUACCUAAGCCUGAUUUGAGGGACCACUGUACCGUUGUUACUGAGAUACACAACUAUGUCGAACGCACAUCCCCGCACCUCCUCAACUAUCCACGCUUCACACACGACUCAUCUACAAACCCGACCACACAUACCCUCCAACAACCAUCCACAGACCAAGUAGAACCAUACAUCCAACCCGCAGAACCCACACCAGCAGACGAAGCACUCCGAAAAGUGGUACAGGAACUUGCGCCAUACAAUCUUACGAAAGGUGAGGUUAUGAUGCUCAUCAAUCUGGGUGUGGGGGUGAAACAAAAGAAGGCGACUGAUGUGAAUGCGAUGGAUGUGGAGGAAGCUGCUGAAAAUGGAGAAGGGGAAGGGGCAGAGGAGGAUGAUAUGUAUGGUCAUCAGGCGUUGCUGAGUACCAUUGUCGAGGAGAUGGAGGAGAGGUUGAGUGAGGAGGAUAUCAUGAAUAUCUUUAGGAUUAUGAAUGAGAAUUUGGGAAGUGGGCAGUGA